UACAACACCUACUUAUCAUCGCUUGACUCCAUAUAUUGAGGUUCUAAAAGAAGUAGCUAAUAUAUGCAAUAAGAAGGCUAUAUGUCAGGCUUGUGUUGAGUUUAAAGGUCAUGCUUAUGCAUUAGAAGAAAAGUUUAUAAAUACCAAAUCUUGUUGUAAAGCUAUAAUUGAUGACACUGAUAGUGAAACUACUUUGGAACAGCAUCGCAAUAAAAGAUUACAUAUCAAUAUUGAUGAAUAUAACUUUAUGAUUCAAAAUUUCAAAGAAGCUGAUCUUGAUAAGUUUUGUUAUCUAUUACUUAAGGCAACUAUUUCGAAUGAUUGGAGUUUUCAAUGGGUAGAUAAUUCUGAUUCUAUUGUACUUUUUCAAUUUACUAAUUCUGUGGCUAAUGAUACUAUUUUAAGAUGUGCAUCCAAUCAACUUGUUUAUAAUAUUCAACAAAAAGCUCAAAAUGAUAUAUAUGGAGUUACUCUUAUUUUAGAUGGGUGGACAAAUAUUGUAAAUCAAUCAAUUCUCGGAAGUGUAUUAGUUACUAGCUCAGGUAAAGUUUUAGUAUGGGAAGUAAAAGAAGUUAAUAGUAAUUGUAUGCGAAAAGCUGAUCCUGGAAUUGAUAAUGAAAACAAUCAAUCUAAUGAUUUAGUUUUACCAAGUUCUAUUUGUAAUCCUAUCAAUAUACAAAUUAAAGAUGUAAUGAAUCAAGCUUAUAGAAAUCAUGAAUUAAAACAAAUCAAACAAAUUUAUGAAUCCAAAAUCACUUUAACUUUACUAACUAAAAAUAAAAAUCAAGAUUUAGAAGACGAAAAAGAUAAUCAAUCAAAUACAUCAAUAGAAAGUAAUGAUAGUGAAAAUGAAAUAAAUUUGCAAGAUAUAGAGAAUUUAGAAGAUUUGGAAGAUUUGGAAGAUAAAGAACAAAAGUAA